CUUCGGAAAAAGUUCCACUGGGUGAAAUGCCUCUUCGUACCGUAAAAACUUUGCUGGUUGAAUUAGUAACAGGUCUCGGUGAGAGCGUAUUUGAUCAUCUAGAUCUCAUCGACGAUCCACAGCGUAGCUAUGUAUAUCCUUAUUUACACCAUAUGCUUGAAGCAUGCCGCAAAAAAGAAAAACAACCAACUAAUACAAAUAUACCUUUCGAUAAUUCACCAAGUCGACCAUCAUCAAUUGGUUCCGUAAAGUCAGUUGUGAAUGAUACUACUUUUUCAAAUUUCGAAGCUACACAAGUUUCUUCGUCACGUGAACAAAAUCGACAAUCGCCCUCUCCAAAACAAAUAAAUGAAGUGCAUGCAAGAGGCUCACCGAUACCAGAAGUUCCCUCAAUAGUUUAUUGGGCAAAAGGAUGCCAGAUUUUAGAUUUUCCUGUACUGAUCGUGCUAAUUUCCAUAAACAUUUCAUUAUUAAUUCUGUGA